AUGCCAGAGGUAAGUUUAAAUAAGUCACUCGGGCUUGGGGGUAGUGUUGCGGUAGCCACCUUAGGAUUAAUAGAGUCCUAUUUUACCUAGCAAAUUCCACCUGCAUAUUAGUUGAGCUAUCUUACUAUGUAAAAUACAGCUUUGUGAACCGUUUGGACUUAAAUGUGUAAUCCGAUUUCAGCAAAAUCAAAUCAUUUCUUUGUAUUCUAUACAUCAAAAUCAGAUCACCACUUUUUCUAAAAUAGGAAAAAGUGGUCUAGCUUCUCAUACACAUAGUGGCUUGAAAAGCUAGACUUUACUCUGUUCUGCCGCAGACUAAGAGAUCAUCUGAUUUUGAUGUACAGAACAAUAAGAAGUGAUUUUGGACCUGCUAGAUCUUUUUUCUUCUUACGUGAUUCGGACAACUUAGAGGAUAUAAAAGGCGACUAUAGUAGCCAAGAACGGACAAAAUAACCACAGAAUACAGGUUUUAACAAUGAACCAUCGAUUCUUGGAACCUGUUACCCGAAGAAGUGUCCGCUCCUUCAAUUGACUCAUUCAAGAGAAGACUAGACACUCAAAAGUUUACUAGAAAAAGAUUAACAUAGACCGCAUGCUUUCCGUCCUAGUAGCACAAAUCUAGAGCUAAACCAGUGAAGCUAUGAUGUGGCAAUCAAAAUAUUUGUUUUUGAACUAACACAGCUACAUUUCGUUUAGGUGGUUAGAUACUAUGACAUCAAGUUUUUACAUCGGUUUACAGUAGAAGUUUCACAAGGUAGAGUUAAUCCUUCCCUUAAAGCACUCAUACAAGCGCCUAGGAUUAUUCUCGCUUCCAAAACUCAAUAUGGUUCAAGUUUUGAAGAAUACAUAUGCCAGUUCAGCUGAGUUUAAAGUGCUGACGCUUGAGCACAAGUCAAUCUGCCAUCGACAGUUCGAAGUUGACGUGGAAACAGGUUGUAAAGUUGUUAUUUCGUCCUGAUAAGGUCUCAUGGCAUGCACAUCCUUCGUUUAAUAUACAAGAAAACAUCCACGACGCUACUUUCCCUACAUGCUUUUUUCCAGAAAACUAUUUAACUGUAUAUACACUACUCUAGUCUCGUGUUGCCAUAAAUUACACGUGACUUCAUUGCCAAUAAAACCGUCCGGCAAAUGACGAAUACGUUUGGUGGUCAUUCAUUUGUUUUUAAUACAUAUUGUCAAUACAAAACUGAUUAACCACUAGGAAGGAUUUGGGUAUGGAAAUUCAAACUGCCUAUAUUGAUGGAUUAUCUCAAAUACUUGAGUUUUAUAUUAAGUAUCGAGGUCCAGUGUGAAAUUAUCAGGAGUAGGUUGUUAAGCACGAUCUAUGUCUCCAGGCAGUUCAGAAGUUUCGAUAACCUCUCAUCCUUAAAUACAACAGAACUUCGCUAGUAUUCUCAGUAUUUAACCAUCUGAAUAUCUUAUAAAUAUUUACUAGUAAAUCUAAUGUUUUUUGUAUCUAGUAAAGGAUCUUAUGUUGUGCUCUUUUCUUAUACUGGGUUCUUUUAUCAUCUAAGUUAACUGUCAUUAAUAAUUCUGUUCACAUUUCCAUAAGCCUUUCUCAUGACAUCCAAAUUUUUAGUCAGGAACCGGGUUUUACACGACAUGGUUCGUCUCCUGGAAAAUAUUAUCUUUAUCACAGAACAUGAAGGUGUAACAAAAAGUCUUGUCACUUUUGUUGAACAGUUUAAAAAUUCCAGUAUUAUCAUACAGCUGGAUCCUGUUAAACUCAUGGAGGAACAGUUUAUUGCAGGAUUUUGUCGACGAGGUAUGUUGAAUCUAAAAAGAAGUAAUAUUAGUGAUAUUAAAAAUAUCAGUUAAUGUGAUUUUUCUUUUCAAUUUACAAGAUAUGGAAAGUCAAAGUAUGGUGCAUAUAGAUCUGUGCUGUGGAAUGCAUUGCACGUUUUAAUUGCUGAUAAAACUAUGUGGUUAUCAGACGAGGUUAAGUUAGAUAAUCUAACUAGUUUCAACCAUCUUAUAAGGAACUGUUACAGUUCUGCCUAUAAAACCAUUGUCGGAGUUUGGUCUUUCUAUUCAAAAGUGCAAAUUACUCUUGUUUUGUGAUUCAUUAUGAUACUUUCCAGCUAUUUUAACCCUGGACAUGUCUCCAGUUGUGUACUCUGGUUUUGGAUUAUCCGCUAAAAAAGUUAAACAAGAAAAGAAGAAAGUUUUCUAUCGAUUUCAAGUCGAUUUAAAAAGUCCACAGUUUCAGCGAAAUGGACCAGUACAUACACGUCUUCGAUCAUUUUUCAAGGCUUUCACUAACCCCCUAGAAUUGGGCACUCGUAUCCCUCGAUGCCUUGGAAAUCUUGGUCCUUUCUUUGUUGAUUGGUUACCAGAUUCCUCAGUCACACAAAUAAAUGAAUUCCCUAAAAGUGAAUCCAUUGCUUCAUAUUUAAAUGACAAAGAACAUCUCGUGAUCCGACCACAAUGUGAGGUGUUUAACUACAUUGGAUCACCUAUACUAAUACCAGAACUAAUUUCAUGGAACAAACUUCCUCUAAAACAAGAAGAAAAUUCAUGCACAUGCAUAGAAAUAGACAAAACGUCAGAUUUUUUAAAUAUUGUAAAUAUUCGCUUAGGAUUAACAGUUUUAUCUUAUUUAGCAGCUGGAAUUUCAUUUCCUGAUUCAGCUAUUUCAAAUCGUGUUCCAAGUGAUAAUCCAUGCUUAACAAAUGCAAGUCUGUCACCAAUUUACGCACAAACUAUAGAUGAAAUCCUGUUACCUGUCUAUAAGCUGGAAAAACUGAACAUUAUAUGUCUAUCAGGUUUAUUUCCGGAUUGUUGUUACGAUGAACUGGAGGAUAAAAUAAAAUCAAUGUUAGCAGAAAGUCAACACGGGAAUGAAUUAGUUUACAUGUGCAGAUGUCCACUAAAAGUUACCACCGAUUCAGUACAAUCGUUGAAACAGUCUGUUAAUCACUUAGGAACUCUAUUUUUAACUGGUAGAAAACCUGUUUCAGAUUCACAAGGACUACCACUUAUUAAAAUUCGAUUUUAACAUUUUAUUUUUCCAUUUGCAUGUAUAUUUUUGCCGUUAUUGGUAAUAUACAUUCUUGAAUUAUAUCUUAGUCCUUUUGUCGUCCUUAGAUUUGGGAUAAUAUUUGUAGUAGUGAUAAUAAUGCGUAAAUAUGUUUUGCCUAGCGCAAAUGUUCGUAAGCACUAGUUACACCAAAUCAGCAAAACAUAUGAGUUUAACACAAUGAAUAGCGAACGAGUCAAGAUGGUAUACUAACAAUGUUAAUAAAAUGGAUUAGGCAUUGAGAAUAUAGAAAAACGAAUACUUAAACUCAAGAUCUAGAAGAAAAUAGACAGUUCAUUCAUCCACAUCACUGAGACAUGUCACCCAAAGUCUCCGAACGCGGACCCCAACCAGGUAAUCUUCAUCUAUCAAAACGGUUCGACGAGCAAUUAGUUC